UUCAAAUUGGGUGUGGGUUGCAGCAUUUUGCCGCCCUGACAAACACUGGUCUCUUGUUCACGUGUGGCGUUGGCUAUCAUGCGCAACUGGGACACGGAGACUUGAAGAACAGGAUAUCUUUGAGAUGAUUCCUCUUUGUGAGUUUGAACAAAUCAAAUCCGUUAGUUGUGGACAAGUCGGCACUGCAGUUAUUUCGGUAACAGGAAAGGUGUAUUUCUGGGGUCAGCUUCAGAUUUCCAAAGAAGAAAAACAACACGAAGAAAGAAUGCUUUUGAACUCCAUGAAAACCUGCCCCGAGAUAAGCCCGUUUUUGUGCAUGGAUUCCUUUACCAAGGGCAAUAGUAUCUUACGAAACUACAAAGUCAAUCCAAGAAAAGAGGACCUCAUUGUAGUAGGAAUACCAUUUGAGUUUAACAUUGAAAAUGACGUACCUGAGGGAGGCAGUCUAGUGGAUCCUAGUCUGGUUUUCAGGGUACAAGCUGCAUCCCCAUCCUAUGACAUUAUUUUGAAAGGAAGAGUUGAAUCCACCCAAGCAAGUACUUAUCGAUCAACUCUGACUUUCACUAAAGAUGGAAAGUACAAUGUAUCUGUCACCUGUAAUGGGAGCCACGUCCUUGGAAGCCCAUUCAUUGUUGAUGUUGAGAUGGGAGUCCCUCUAUCGACACUUAAAAUGACAUUACUUGGAUGUGAUGUCGAUAGUCUGAGGUCAGUCGCAUCGACCUUGACCACAUUUUAUGGUGAUGGUCAAGAAGCCUCGUCUUCUUUGAAGUUUUCAUUACCAGAUAUUCGAGUGCAACUUUGGGGUCACCCUCCAGUUCAUGGAGAUCGAAUUCUAUCCGAUAUUGUGGCUCUGUCAUCUCUCAGCGAUGGUGGAAUAUAUCUAUACGUUUGGGACGGGAGUCUUAACGAAUUCCCCGAAGAAAACGUAGCUUUUUGGCUUCACCAAAUUGCGAUGAAAUCACCUCGGGCUCAUUUCGUGAUUCUCGGGGUGAACAUGAGUUUGGAUCAAACGCAUAGAUUUGACUUGAAGGCGUAUCAGAGAAGCAAUCCCAAUUUAAUCAAAGCAAUUUUUGUUGCCUCAUUGGAAGCAGAACCAUUAGCAUUUUACCAAGAAAUCCAACAAAUGGUUGGAAGAAGAAUCCUUAGUGAAUCUGAACAAAAUGUAUGGUCAAAGCUGAUAUCAUUGGAAUCCCGAAUACGGGACAAAAUGAACCAGGAAACCGAGAUAAUGAGUCGAAAAGAGUUUGUUUGUCUGGCAAAUGAAUGUGGAAUAGACGAGAGCAGAAUCUAUGCAUCAGUGCUUCAUCUUGAGAAAGUAGGGUUGGUGCUUGAUGUUGGAGCAGAAGAUGUUUUCAUUGUCUUAAGUCAAUACUGGUUGACGAGACAAUUGUCUGAAAUGAUUCGGUGUUGCCCACGAGGUGCUGUUGAUAUGUGCCAUCUUGAUCAGCCAAAGAUACAACUUUCAGGCAUGCUCAUCAAGAAGAAACUGGCAUUCACAAAUGGCACUCAAACAAGACUCUUCUUUGUUCCAUGUUUGGCAAGUGAUGAAAUAACUACAGCAGACGAACCAUCGUUCGUGGUCAUUAGACAUCUCAUCAUUGAUUGCCCUUCUUCCAGCCUUGAUGUAGCUUUUCCAGUGUUGUCGUCAAGACUAUGCCAAGAGCAUUUGGACACCAGUUUUGGCCCUUUUUUCUCUGUUAUUCACGAUAAAAACUUCAAGUGUCGUGUAGACUUUGGGCCAUGUUUGAUUAACAAGAACAAAUCCGAAAUUCGCUUCGCGGUUCAUUCCGAAGAACAACAAUCUCUAAAGAACUAUGCUAAAGCUUUAAUCCCAGCAAUGGUCGAAUAUCUUCGACAAGAGUGUCCACAUUUGUAUAUCGAUGACCAGGUCCACAUUUCAUGCAACAAGUGCUUGAGGUAUUACUUUACCUUGGAAGCAAUAGAAGAAAUAAAUACUGGGGCCGAGUCCAUUUUAAAGUGCGGAGAAUGCAAAGCAACAAUUGGUGGCUCUGAUUUGUUGGAAGGUUUUAAAAUACAGCGCCCGUUGCCAAAAUUGAUGRAAAGAGCUCUGGUAGGACUUAUCCCAGAAAGUCCUCCUCUAAAGAGUUUCUCUUCUCGCCAAAUUGCCCCACGCUUAGUGCACUACAUGAACCAACAAGAAGAGAGGAUUUUAAAUGAAAUGAGUGAACAGUUUGAGACGAUGGCCAAGUUUUUUUCUGAUCAAAAGUAUGAUGUACCACGUACAUUUUGCUUGUUACCGGUCUUUGAAGAAGAAUCACGAACCAGUGGUGACAUCUUGGCUACUCUCAAGCUUUCUUUACUGCUCUACAAGCAACAAAAGUUCCGACUCUAUUUGCUGUGCGAAGGGAAUGGGGACGGCACAGGUAUUCACUUUCUGGAACCUUCCAAGCACAAAGGCUACGAAAUAUUAAAUGUCAACGAGUUUGUGUUGAAGUAUACGGGUCAACUAAGGAAAACCUUACAGAUGUUAGUGCAGCUUCUGCAAAUUCUCGGGGCUUUUGGACCAUUAUUGCCAUCAUUCGGCUAUGGUUCGGUAUUUCUUACCUCGUCAGCCUUGCGAACAGUGUUAGGAUUUUCAGCCGGGAAGAUGAAGAACUUGAAUCGCUACUUUUCACAGAUGGACAAGUUUCUCAAAGGUUUUCAAGAAACAGCAAACACCAUGAAACAACCCAAGCAUCUUGACGCAUGCUCCAAAGAUCAAGUCGCUUUCCAAACGUCUGGAUGUGACUACGAGCAGCUGAGAACGGUGAUCAAGCCGUUUGAAGGAAUAGACCAAUUUGGAGGGCUGACUCAAGAGAUGCGUAAAGGAAUUGGUGGCGUGUGGGUUUGUGAAGAGCAUGCAAAGUACACUAGUAGCGUAACAAAGACAUUUGAAAUGCCAAAAAACGCCCCCACUGACUUAAAAAAGAGUGCUGGAUUGUGAAUCACCUUGGAAGAUCGCAAUGAUACCAUGUAAAUAUAAGCCUUCCUCAGGCUGGAACAUCACAAAACACAAAGCUCAAAAAUUAAGAAAAGAUUUAGCGAGCACGCAAUAAGUAAUGAUUUUUAAUGGUACUCGAUCGCUCGAGCGAGCAAAAUUAUUCAAAAUUAUUUAUUCAAAAAAAUUUCAAAAUUCA